AUGCUGCGGCCAACAACAUGGUGCACGCAGCCCGGACCUUCCGUUGGAAGGACCCGGCGGCCUCGCAGACGGAGUUCGCCCAGGUCUCACAGCGCUUCCAGCGGCUGCGCUUCCGCGCUACCCAGCUGCGGGGGGGGCUCUUGGAAACAAGCGGGGCGAAGCUGCUGCAUCUCAGGGCUGCAGGUGAGGCAUGGGCCAAGGAGCAAUGCAGAAAGCUACAGCGUGGACAAAGUGGCUGCGAAGUUGGUCAAGGUCACGUCGGCUGUGCAGCACACCGAGCUGAUGCAAGUCUUGGAUGACCGGCUCAUCGCCACCACAGACGUGCCAGGCCUUGGCGUGAAAUCUGGUUGGCAGCUUCUCUCCCAGUCCUCGCAGAAUGGAGGUUCAGGCACCAGCACCCCUCAGAGAGAGCGCAGCCGGGGGAGCAGCCUCAACAUCGCAGGGCGCCCAUUGAAGACUAGCCCCAGCAGGAACUCCAUGGCUGAAGACCUGCUGAACUUACGGAAUGCCAGCAACUUCCCAGUGGAGUUGUCCUUCGCUGAUCCGGAAGGCUAUAGAGAAGUGGAGAUCGUCUUCCCCCGACCCAGGUGCAUUUAUGCGGUCUCCUUCCUGACCACGGGGGAUGAGCGGCAAUUCGAUCCGGUUUGCUGGGAGAUCGACGGAUCGGUGGAUGGAAGCAGCUGGAUGCGUUUGCAGACGCAAUCCGGCGAGUUCGACACGCCUUCCAUGCGCCGCUGCCCGGUGGAGACCUUCUUCGUCACGGAGCCCUGGUGCAAGCCGCAGGGCUCCAGCUUGGUGAAGGUGGAUCUACAGAAGAUCCCGGCCGCCGUCUCCGAGCGCCUGUGCUUCUUCGCCAACUCGUUGCGCGCGAUCUUGAAGUCGGGCGACCUGCGGCCGGGCCGCGACACGCUGCUGGACCGGAAGGUGGGCAAUGUGCCCACCUUGACCCAGGUGGUGCCGGUCUACGAGGAGCAGGUGCUUUUGAGCGAGGAGUUCUUAUGUGCCUCCGAUGGCCGCAACAGCAACCUGGGCUUCACCAUUUCACAGGCAGAAGAUCAAUGGGAGAUCUUCGCGCGGAAGCAAGGGAUGGCACCACGAGAGCUUUACAACUCCUUCACCUGUGGAGAGCUUCAUGAAUGGGUCCGGCAAGCUGAGGUGGAUCAGGACUGGACGAAGGCCAAGGAGAUCCGAGAGCUGAUCUUCGAGGUGCGUUUCUGGGCCUCCCAGCGCUCCCAGACGGUCUCGCGCACAGUGCUCGGGGCGAUCCAGUACCACAAGGUCUUGGAGAUGCUCCCAUCCGUGCAGGCCUCGCCGCAAACCAACUUGGAAGGACUAGUCCAGCUCUUCAUCUCACACCAAACUUAUGGGCAUAAGAAGCAGAAGGAGGAGGUGGACCAAGAUAUCCGGAGCUUGAUCUGGAGAUAUCGCCAGUAUCCGGUGUUUUUGGUGUGUGACUAUGAUGCAGAGCUGGCUCGGCCAUCCCUCAAAGAGAUGGUCACGUGCCACGCGGCGCGCGAGCACAACUUCACCGGUCGCUUUCAGUAUGCCUCGCUGCUGCUGGCAUUCAAUGAGAACUAUGUGCAAGGACAGCCUGAAGAGAACAUUGUCAAGGUCGUUGAAGUGCUUCCUCGCGUGUAUCCCUUGGUGCUGGGUGAACUGGAGCAUAGACCGCCAGCAGCGAAGACACAGGGCAAGGCGGGGAAUCAACUGCAGGCACUGCGCUUUGCACCUGGACACUACCUGCAGAUGAUGGAUGCCAACAUGGGAGCCUUCUUCGGGGAGGCCUGCAAAGUGCCUUUCAUCCUGCAGCACUUCCAGCCCGCGGGCAGCGAUCGCAGGACGGUCCAGGCUCGGAUCAUCGGUUUCCGAGAACACAUCUUCACUGGCAGCCAUGGAGCUGUAGGCGCCGCGAUGGCCGAUGCGGAGUGGACCUUCGGCACCAUCUGCCAACGCUUCCUGGCGGGCCUCGGCGCGCGGAUGCACUAUGGGCAUCCGGACUUCUUGGACGGCUUUUGGGCCUCCAAUCGCGGCUCGAUGUCCAAGGCAUCUCCCGUGCUGAACCUGUCCGAGGACAUCUUCGCGGGCUUCAACGUACUCAUGCGUGGUGAGCGGUCCACACACGUGGACUGUUUGGAGUGGGAGAAGGGCAGAGAAGUCUCCUUCAACUCGGCCUCGUUGUUCUUCACCAAAGUGGCCAGUGGAAACGUGGGAGUGAUGCGCUCUCGCGAUUUGAAGACCCUGACGGGUAGCAUGAACAUUGCAGACAGCUUCUCCUUCUACUUCGCGUCCGUGGGCUUUUAUCUCUACAACGUGGUCACGGAUAUCUCCAUGAGUGCGUAUGUCUUCAUCUUCGUUCUCCUGACGCUCUCAUCCAAGAGCUUGGAUGAUAUUGGGAAGCUGGACUCCUUGCUGGCAGCGGAGUGGGUGAUCUCCUUCGGUACCUUAGCCAUGUUUCCAAGGCUCAUGGAGUUGACCCUGGAGUAUGGCAUCAUGGAGGGCUUCAUUCGAUUCCUGCCAUCGAUUCCAGGAGCCGUGUUGGUGUUCACAUUCAUGAACAAAUCCAUCGCGGAAGCCGUGGGCUCUACGAUGCAGACGGGCAUUGCAAGCUACGUCUCCACUGGACGCCCUCCGGCCAACGACCACUAUGGUUGGCGAGAUUGCUACUUCUUUUACAGAGAGAGCCAUUACUAUCCAGCUGUGCGGAUCCUUAUCAUGUAUGCGGUCUACAGGUCGCUGGCCGAGACCUUCAAUGUGGCAGCCCUGCCCAUGAUGGUCCUCUUGGGCACUGCCUGCGUCUGGUUGGCCGGUCCAAUGCUCUUCUGUCCGCAGCCGACCUUCUGGUCCCUGCGCGACGAUCUCUCGGAGUUCUGGUGCUUUGUGAUUGGCACGCCCCACGCGGAACGCAGUGUGAACCUCAAAGAGGUGAACCUGGAGGAACGCCUGGCUGCCCAGAAGGACGACGCCACGGCCAACUUGUACGACGUUUGGCUUUUCGACAAGUUGAAGCACAAGCGAGCACCGAUGCUGGCUCGCGUCAUGGAAAUCGCGGUGGCAAUGGCCCUUCUAGUCGUAAUGCUCGCGGUGGUGUUUGGCACCAUGGUGGACCAAAUCCGCUCCGUGGUCCUGCUGGUGCUGCUGAAUUAUUUCAUUCUGGCACUCUGGCGGGUCUUUGGUCGCCCAACCAUCUUGAUGAUGCUCUCGGGCGUCUUGUGGAUUUGUGCCGUGCCCUUCGUGCUGAACAGCCAAUCUCUGGGAGGACAGUAUGGAACUCUUUUGGUCGCCUUUAUCCUGACCUUCCAAGCUUUGACCGUCAUCGAGAAGGCGCUUCUUUUGGGCGCCUGGGUGUGCUUGCGCCCGGAUCCCGACUGCGCCUCCAUGCCAGAGAGCUCCAUUGAAGAGCUCCGACAGAAGCGAGAUGCUGCAAGAAGAGUUCAAAGCUAUGAUGCAGUCGUGGAGUACUUCUAUUUAAACUUCAUGUCAUACCAGUGGCACCUAUAUGUUUCGAUCAUGCUUCUAGCUGUCAACCUCGUUGUGCAGCUCGGAGUUGCCGUGCUUGAAAUGCUUGGAGGCCUCCAAUCCUGGUGGCUUCUGGGUUCAAAGCUCCGCGGCGGCUGUUGCCGCGUGCGGCGCCCCGAGUACAAACCGCCGGGGAGCGAUCACGACCCGCCGAGCGAGCGGCGGAUCCAGCUCUCCGGCGAGCGGGAGGGUCUCCGAAGCCGCUUGGGCAAGGGGAUCUCGUGA